AUGGAUAAGUUUAUCAGCAUGUGGAAAGUGCGAGAACUCGCCGAUAAAGUUACAAAUGUCGUCAUGAACUACACUGAAAUCGAAGGGAAGGUACGAGAAGCCACAAAUGAUGAACCUUGGGGUCCCACUGGCCCGUUGAUGCAGGAGCUAGCGCAUGCAACCUUCACCUACGAACACUUCCCGGAGGUUAUGUCAAUGCUAUGGAAACGUAUGCUCCAGGAUAACAAAACGAACUGGAGGCGCACGUACAAAAGUUUGCUCCUGCUCAAUUAUCUCGUGCGCAACGGGUCAGAACGAGUGGUCACCUCUUCUCGGGAGCACAUCUACGAUCUGCGAUCGCUUGAAAACUAUACCUUUGUGGACGAAAAUGGCAAAGACCAAGGCAUAAAUGUGCGACAUAAGGUGCGAGAGCUGAUUGACUUCAUCCAGGACGAUGAUCGAUUGCGAGAGGAGCGAAAGAAGGCGAAGAAAAACAAGGACAAGUACAUCGGUAUGAGUUCGGAAGCGAUGGGAAUGCGGUAUGGAGGCAGCAGUGGUGGCGGAGCAAGUGGAAUGGACUAUGGUGGCUAUCGGGAUAGCUAUGAUCGGCGAAGUGAGGAUCGAUAUAAUGAAUCAAGGGACCAUCACGAGUACGACUAUCAGUAUGAAGGUGAAAGAGAAGAUUCUGAUGAGGAAUCGAACGAUCGUUCCAAUCGCUACCAAGAUCGUGAGCCAUCGAAAAGUCCUGCCACCCGACAAUCGUCCAGUAUGUCGACAGGUUCAACUACAGCAUUUGGUGGUGGUGGUGGCACGGGUGGCAGCGAACGAAAGAUAAACCUAAACAUCAAACCCACUGGUACUGGCGGUAGCUCUGCAUCGAGUGGUACACACCGAAGCGCACAGAAAGCUACGAAAAAAAUUGAUCUCGGUGCAGCUAGUGGUUUUGCCAAAACGGCGUCGACAGCGUCGGGAUCAGCAUCGAUAGGGGCCGAUCAGUUUGGCAUCAAUUCUCCAACACAUCGCAAUACGCAUGCGGAAGAAAUUGUCGGUACCGGUAGCUCAGACAAGCAGCAAGAAGUGCUUGACGAUCUUUUCAAGACAUGCCCCACAAAACCAGCCAAUGCGAUUGACGGAGCACCCCUCGUGGAUGAGGAUGAUUUUAAUCCACGCGCUGCGGAAGACUUUGGAGAUUUUGAAUCGGCCUUCGGAGGUGGUACCCAAGCCAAGCCGGCUCCAAGCGUUGUUACAACGUCUUCAAAAGGAGACGAUUUUGCUGAUUUUGCUGCCUUCGGAAGCGAUUCAGCACCGUCAACGGCUGCUGCUCGAUCGGAAGCGAAUACCGAUUUGCUGUUCGGACUAAGCGUUGGAUCGUCUGUCGGAAAUAGCAAUAGUACUGGUGCUCCCAUGGACAUUCUAUCUGAUUUAAGUGGACUCUCGCUCGGAAACAACACUAAUGCAUCCAGCGACAGCGGUAUCAAACCGACGAGCAGCCAAUCCACACUCCAACGUCAUUACAAUGAUUUGUUCGAGUACGUUAGGCAACUACGUCAACAAUCGGAUCGAGACGGCGUUCGGCACGUCGUUGAUCGGGAAACGGAACGUCAAAUGUUGAACCAUAAGUUAGGUCGACUGCUCGAAUGUCUGCCGGGGCCGGUACAACCGUCGGAUGCACUGUUUGGCAGAGAUACAUUGCAUUGGGAUCAAUUUGCAGCGGAAGCUUAUCCAAGUCUACUGGAAGAUCUGAUUCCGUUGGUCGCACAUCUGGAGCAAACUUUGCUCUAUCGCCUCGUGACACUUGAUGCUACCGCUUUGUUUCCACAUGAAAUGAUCAACAUUCUCACAGAGCGAUCCGUCCUACACAGUUCGUCGUGCGAAGUUGCGUUACAGUUGUUAACGCAUCUUCUCGAAGAUACUUCCGUCUUACCAGCUGCUUUCAUUCAAUUCUCAAUCGAGCACAACGACGUACAAUGCUAUGACUUCAAUCAGUUUUUGCAUCUGCUUGUGGCCGUUCCGAACAAAGUGGCAAACGUUCUGAUGGGCAAGACUCCGGAAUUCCUGCUACCAAUGGCGUACAGCAGAAUACUGUUUCGACAAUAUAUGCGCACCAUCGUGACCUUGCACGAGGCGGCAACAUUUUAUGGAACUGAGGAAAUAUUCAUACCGAAAAGAGGAGGCUCGAUAGGAAGCAAAUUUCUAUCCUCAUUGCUUAGCAAACUUGUUACCGAUUUUCAUCAAAAUCGUCAAUCUCCCCCACUACGGGCUGCCUUGCGCCUGCUUCUCGAUGGUAGCAUGCGGUCACCGAACAUAGGCAAUUUCAUUAGACAAAUAUUUGAUCAAUUGAAUCCAGCUGCGGUGGAAAUCGUGGCAUACAUUGCCCUGAGCGAGCGCAUGGAUCUUUCUCCUAUAUUCGGCGAUUCUUUGUCUGCCAGUUGGUCGUACGUGUUGUUGCAAAAAAUACCGCUGUACAAUUAUUAUCCAAAUAACGAGGCGCUCAUUCAAGAACUGAUCAUUCAACUCGGGCGAAUCUCUUCGCGAGAUGGAAAGGAGGAUAAGACGCAGCAAGGUGACACUCCAUUGCGACGAUUGAUCGAGCAACUGCUGGUGGUAUGGUCGAGUCGUACAGCUAUCCAGCGAACUAGCCUCGAGCAACAUCUGUAUGUUACGAAAUUGGUUCUUGUUGCCGUUAGCGAGCAGGCUACCAGGGAUUUUGAUUGGACGAGCUCCUAUGGAGACAAAUAUCGUCGGUUCCUAUUUGACGGAUUAACAGUUCAUCUAGAGUCGCCCAUAAAGGAAGUCCGCUGUAUCGGUAUGAUAACGGCUGAGGUGAUCAUGGGGCUGAUCGAUGACAAGCAUGAUGAGAAGCCGUCAGGUGGAGACAGUAAAAAUGAAAAUCGGUUGCGAUUUGAUUAUCAAGGAUUCGAUGCUGCUACCCUUGCUUUGAUCGACAAACUGAGAUCAUUGGGACAAAAAAGGCAUGAGCCCAACAUAGACGAAGCGCAAACGCAACAAUCUAACAAACAAGAGGCUCUGGAGCAAGCUGUUAAAGAGUUGAUUGAAGAUGGUACCACAAGAGAGAUCAUCCCACCAUCGUUGAUAAAAUCGGAAACAUCUAACUUGGCGACAAAAGUAACGUUAAACAAAGUAAAAAUCGAACCGCAAGUCGAUAGUGACGAUGACGAGAAGUUGCCGGAUGAUUUAGAAUCAUUGGACUCCGAUGAUGAUGAACUGCCAGCGUAUGAUAUGUCGAACGACACAAAUAUCGAUGUUGAACGGUAUCGUCCAAAGUAUUUGCUAGACAUGCGUGAUGCUCUCAUUGAAACAGAUCCAAACGUUGCUCCCGAGGCGUUCGAAAUGGCCGUAGAUGUCGCACCGAAACUCAUCUCUCAACAGCUGCCCAACAACGAUGCAAAGCUCGCUCUCGAUCUGCUGAACAUUUUCCUGACGCUUGAAGAAAAAACGCACAUGCCAACAUUCAGUGAGCGAAAGUUCAGUGCUAUGGUGGAAAUUUGUAUCGUUUUCCCGAAAGAAUGUGCCACGUUUCUGUGUCGCGAAUUUCAUGCCGAAGUGAGUCGGUACGCACUGAACCGGCGUAUAUUCAUGCUCGACGUAAUUGCUGAAGUAGCAAAAGUACUGUCAAACUUUAAGCCGUCUAGUAAUGCCGACCAGCGCGAGGAUAGUGCGCCAAUCGUGUCACAUUCAGCGCCACCGCACGGAGCGAAGAACCACAAAAACCAAUUAACGCUUAUGUUCCGCGACGAGGCUGAAAAAAUAUCACGUCGUGAGGAAGCGGAGCGAGUUGUACGCGAACGCAUCGAACUGAAGACGAGACGAUUCCGGACGGGUUGCCGUAACCGGAGCAAUAGUGUCGUGCAGACAUCCGUCAAUCGAUAUGCCGACGUUGCCGGCUGGUUUUUCUUUCCACUAGUCCAAGGAUUUGGUGGUAAUCGUUUCAUCUUCACAGCUGGGCUCAAGUUACCGUAUGACGCGGAAGAUCUGCUGCUCGUCAGCUUCCUGCAAGCUCUAUCAGUGCUCAUGAUAUGCGCCGAGAACUGUCCCAUUGCAGGGCGCAUGGCUAGGGAGGUAUUUUCCCUUGCGAAUCUGCUGCGUUACAGCGACGAACCGAAGAUACGACUGUCGGUUUUGCAACUAUUUGCGGCGAUAUUCCUGGCAAUCCAAUCGGACCUGUUGCAUGUACAAUUCCACCAGGAGCUGUUGGAAUUGAAAGAUUGGCUCGAGGAGUGCAUACAGGAUGACGUCGUUCGCAAGGCGGAAACGAAUGAGGAGUGUCGUCAACUAGCACGUCAUGUGUUGUCCAUGUGUUACGAUGCGUUAAUUGAUAAACGAACAACGGACUGCUAAAAUGCAGGCUUAUAAGCCGAACAAUCACGGAUACUCUCUUCCUAUGCUGAGGUCAUAGAUGAGGUGCGCUUAUUAGUGUAUGAAAGUGAAACGAAAUACGAUUUUGCGAUCUUUAAUAAUAAGCCUAACCGGCGGUACUGCCAACGUU